UCGAAAGUGAGCUCUGUUCUGCAUCAACCACUCUAAUGUGUAGUAACAUUAUAACACUCGGCAUAGAGGACCAUCAGUUAGUUCGAUUGGUCAAGGAAUUUAUUGAUGCAAUUUCGCUAACGCGGUUUCUCGCUCAAUAAUAGCUCAAGCUGUGAAAGUACAGUGUCUACAAGUCAGAGUAUUCGUCAAGAAUUCUCCUUGAAUGAGUGAACCCAAGUGGUGAUAAUUAAUGUUGCAUUGAAGGGGAACAAUUUUUAGUCAACUUUUUUUUUUGAUUGUGGCCAUUGUGAUAGGCUGUUAAUUCCGAAAUAUCUGCCAGUGAUUUAGUGAUAUCUGUCAUGUGGACAAAAGCCUGAUUAAUCCGUCCAUAAAUUUCAUUGUGAUAUUUCAGAAAAUAAAGUCAAGUAUGAUUUCCUAUUGGAGGGAAUUUUUUUUUUAAAUUACUAUACCUCGGAGAAGAGCUGUGAGAGGGAAUGUGGUGGUAUAAUUAUGACAGCUGAGAAUACUUAUCAUUGGGGAUUCAUCUCAACUGGUGAAUUACAUCAUGUUCACCAUUUUGAAGUGCCGGAGCCGCGCGUACAAUGUAGCCCAUAAAACGUCAGAUGCAUGAUGUUACAGUUGGAAAUUGAGGAUACGCGCAUAGAAUUCUUUUAUAAACGUCAGAAGCUUCGAUUGGAGUAUAGAUACAUUGGCUGAAAAUGCUAGUGAGAUAGUAUCUGAGAAUGUAAGAGUUAUCGCUAGGAACCAGCGAUGUCUACUUCUCUUUCCUCGCUCCUUUGCUUUAUCGUUUAUUUGGGUGGAGUUGUAACAUGUCUACGUAAUUUUCGCACCGAUUUUUUGGAAGAAUGGCCAACACCUGGUACUGGACCACACUUCGAUACCUCGAUGCCUUCAAAUUUCACUGGUCUGGUUGGCGACACUGUUGAUCUUGUUUGCAAAGUCAAAAAUCUGGGUAACCGUACGGUAUCCUGGGUAAGACAUCGUGACAUACACUUGUUGACAGUUGGUCGUUAUACCUAUACGAGUGAUCAACGUUUUGAGGCCCAACAUUUUCCACAUACAGAGGAGUGGACUCUAAGGAUUCGUUAUCCGCAGCGCAAGGACUCGGGUUUCUACGAGUGCCAAAUAUCAACAACACCGCCCAUUGGCCAUCCAGUAUUUCUGACUAUAGUCGAGCCCGUGACCAUUAUAGUGGGGGAGCCCGAUCUUUUUGUGAAUAAAGGCAGCACUAUCAACCUAACUUGUCUCGUUAAAUAUGCCCCAGAUCCACCUCCAACGAUGAUUUGGCGUCACAAUAGCGAGAAUAUCAAUUUUGAUUCGCCCCGUGGUGGUAUCAGUCUGGUGACAGAAAAGGGUCGUGAGACAUCAAGUCGAUUGAUGAUACAGAAUGCAGUGCCAAGUGACUCUGGUAUUUACACUUGCAAGCCAAGCAAUGCCAAUCCGAACUGUAUAAGAGUUCACGUUGUCAGAGAAGAACAUCCCGCUGCAAUGCAUCACGGUGUGAGUGCGUAUUUGCACAGCGACGAUAAAUUUCGUUUGUUCUUAACUACCAUAGCGACUACAAUUCUAUUUAUAUGAGAUUCAUUAUCCGCUUAAAUGACAAUUACCCGAGUGGUUAAACUUCAAGCGGCCAUGAAUAAUUAUGUAAUUGAAAAAGCUAGAAGCAAAAAAAUUAAGACCGAGAAAAUAAUUUUUUCAUCAGGGUAAAAUUUGCCACUUCUAUUGUACUAUUGUGACCAAGAGAAAUUGUUUCUUCACAGAUCAAGCCCCCAGUACAAUAAUUCAUAAGGAUGUAGUAUUUUGUUAUAGUCCAAAUUUGAAAACUAACAUUUAAAAAAUUUAAUGACAUCAUCAUCGAAAUUAUGAAUACUACG